CGCUGGAUGGGGCGAAAGUCCUUUGCGCUUUUCUUCGCUACAUCUGCAAGGAUCAAUAUUGCAUGUAAGCUCUGUUGCGCUGGUAUUACUGCCUAAUUUAUUGCCCCAGAUUCCAACAACAUCUUCUUUUUAAUAGCCUCAUCGAAAAUACCACUCACGACCUCAUAUCUAACACAUCAAAUGUCGACUUCGAGCACCAACGACGAUCAGUAUGCCGGGCAAGAAAGUUACGAAAUUCUACAGCAGGAAAAUCAGAGAUUGCAGGAGGAUAAUGAGAGGUUGUCAGCUAGGGUAGUUUCUCUCGCACAAGGAGAAUACCAGAUUACCGAUGACAAAAUUACGGCAAAAUUUCGAGAAAUUCGUGAUGGCAUAGAUAUCUGGAUAGAUGAGCUUCAAGAUGACGAAAGACGCCAUUUCAAGACAACUUACAGCAGCUUCCUAAGAAAGCAGGAUAGAGAAGGAAUCUUCUAUGAUCUGGGAUUCAGAGCUGGUUUCCUUGAUGAAAAAUGGGGAGAAGAGCUGGGCCGGCUUGAGACUUGUAUUUAUGUGAUUUUGGGAAUGGUUAUUUCAAACCGUCUCAGGCGUGGUUUGUUGAAUGAUAAAUAUCCAUUUGGCUUGAUCGAAUAUCAAAUUCGCUUUUUCGACAUGAUAGAAAGCAGUAUGACUUCCUCAUCAAAUCACAAAGGUAAGCAAGGUACCACUUUUCUUGAUUGCUCUUAGCAGUAUUUAUAUUGAUUGGCUGAUGAAACUAAGGAGACAGUCACAGAUCUAGCGAAGUUUUAUAGAUGGAAAGGGGAAACAAUUUCAGCUAUCGCUACAACCUCAGAUUUCAUAAAGCGUGCCAAGUACAACAGGGAAGGUCUUCUUGACGAUAUGCGAAAAGAUGUUUCACAAUGGCUGGGUUCAAAACUAUCCACAAAGUUGACGACUCUAUUGCGAGAAAAGGUCGUCCAACCAGCUACCGAUUUCCAGAGAAUGAUUCACCACUCUGGGAAGAGGUUUGACGUUGAAUACAUGGAUGUUGCUGAUAUCCCACUGCUGGAGAACACCAGUGAUGCUGAUAUUAUUGAUGUCUCGGAGUGGAGGUUUUCUCGAAGCGAGAUCAAAGAGGUCUUUCAUUGCUGGUUGCCCGCUCUCGUUAUGAAGAUCUCUAUGGACCAAAAAGAUAUCACUUUUGUCAAGCCAGUUCUAUUGGGAUAUAAACAGAGCAGCAUUGAGCCAAAAAGAUCAGCAAGAAACAGCCCGGUGAGGAAAAGUCCUGCGAAAGAGCGUGUGGUACCAGAUGAGAAACGUAGACGUGGCAGCCCGCAUUCCCAUACACAGCAGAGCUCACGAAGCUCAACUUCAAAGUCACAAAGACCAGAGCCACCUGCGCCGUCAAAGACAGGCGAUUACUUCUUUUCAAGACUCUUACCUGGUCGCUCGGGAAGUCAUUCGGAAAGUGGCCCAAGUAGAAAGGGGAGCACACCUUCGACUCGUACUACGAAGCAGGACUUGACACCGCAGUCCAAUGCACUACCAGAGGAAGCCACAUACCGAAUCGAAACGACGAAAAUAUACAAUAUUGUCCCAGAAGAGGUAAGAGUGGUGGAUGUCUCACCCACUCCACAGACAUUUACGGACAGGCCAUUUGAGGAUGAACCUCUUAGCGUUCCUGAUGCGAGAAUGGAAGGAAAUAAUGAAAUUCAUGAAGGUAACAGUGCGUUUCCCUCGAGAUAUACGUAUGCCAAACCACAGCAAUGGUAUCCAGACGAUUACCCCAGUCAAUAAGGUAGUGGACUUUCAGACUUACAAUACCUUUAUACCUUGAACUCUUUUUUUGGAGAUCAAGCUUGAGUGGUAGCUUCUAAAGUCAAGAUAUUGUAUUAACAAUGAAAUGCUAUUGUCAAAGUUUUUUUUUUUGCAGGAUGAUCGAAAGGAGAUUCUUUAAGACCUUCAUUAUACUUUACAUAGCCAAAACACUACGCUCCAUAUUCUACAAACCUAGUUUCAUUUAAUGAACAUCGCAAACCAC